UCCUAACUAAUUUAUUUUCUGUAUGGUUUGUUGAUAUAUGUUAAGUUGUGGAAUAAUGUUGCUGCUCCUUUCUUUUCCUUCCAAUAAAUUGUUUUUCUUGUAGGUAUCAUCUUUAUACAUAGUGGAAUACAACAUUAAUAUUUUUUGCAUUCCAUUGUAGUCAUGAUUAAGAGAUAUCAUGGUUAACCAUCACCACUAAUUACUUAAUCAAACAGUGUCUUUGGCAAUUCAGAAAACAGUUUCCAAACAUAGUAAAGAAAAAAACCUGUGUCUCAUUUUCCAUGUUAAAACAGUUUAGAAAAAAGUUCGUUAGGCAAACCCAAGGGGUCUAAAUAGUAUUCCUUCCAUGUGUUAAUGUUCCCCCGAUUGCAAAAAACUCUAAGCAGAUGAUCAAUUCAUAUUGUAUGUCCUGCAUUACAAUAUUAUUGUAGAUAUCUCAGACCCAUUAGAAUUAUAGAAAUCAUUAUCAGUUAGCGCCAUAGAGGUCUGGUUUCUCUGUGUUCUUGUUAACUAUGGAGGGGAACUAAUAGUAUACUUACCACUUUAUGCCAAAGAUUAAGAGCACAUGAUUCCAAUGAAUUUAAUUCACAUUCAUCUGGCCCAUUCUGCCAAGUGUACAUAUAUGAGUGACUUACAAAGAUAAUAAUCAAUUUCUCACAGCUUAUUUAAAUACAGAGGAAAUGUAAAUAACAAUAGGAAAAUCUUUCAGUAAUAAGAUUUUAAGAUUCAAAACAUAAUAGUAUUUUAAUCAUUAUACUUUUUUAAUCACAAAUUUUACCUUUUCUCUUUCUCCUAAACUUAACUGUAAUAAAGUAUAAAAAGAUUCCUAUCUUGAUCUGGUUUCCUGCAACCAAACAUUGUGUAACUUUUUUGACAUGUCAGAAAUAGGACCAGACUCCUAGAGUAAAGUUUAUUGACUACAUAAUUUAGUGAGCAAAAAUUAAAAGACAUUGGUAAAGUUAAAUUCCUCUUCCAUUAUAUAAGUGAAAACAUCAUAAAAAAAGAGGCAUAAUGCUAUGCAGUUUACUUUUACUGUCUCAUGUAGAACUAGGGUCCUUCUCACUUACCUCCAGCCAUAAUGCUAUCCAUUGGUAGAGACUUUUCUUCAUAAAUGGUCUUACAAAGUAUAUGCUAAUGCUUGGAGUGAAUAGAGACACGUACCAGGAAUGGUACAAACUAUGGAACCUCGUGGUGGAACAUGUUUUAAUUUCUCAAAGUUCUAUCUUAAGGCAAUGAUUAUCGUUUUGUGGGUUUACCUUAUAUGAAGUGCAGAUUGCUUUCGAUAAAGAUGAGAAUAGACACAUAACCCAUCGUUGUUGGAUACGUGAAGAUGACAGUACAUGAGGUGAUGUGAGGAAAAUAGUCUUUCUUAUAGAGUUUCCAUAAAAUAAAGUCUCGGAAUUUUAGCCCAAGAGAUUAAUGUGGAGUAGGGUGAUACUUAUAUAUGGAUAUUUGGUUGACCGUUCUUGGUGGUUAUUUUCUGUCAUGUUGAGGCUGGAGUGGAAGCUUCACAAGUCAAAGUAAAAUAUUAAACCAUUUAGGUGAAGGUACUGAUGGGAUUUAAGUCACGGACUGGUCAAAAAUAGGUCCAGUGGCCAACAUAUUCAAAGAGAGUGAAAAGGACUGAUACAGAGAGAAAGUGAGAAAGUGAGAAUCAUAAAUGAAACUUUGCAUGUACACUUCAGAAACUGAUUCUGAUCUGCAUUAUAGUUAGUUUAACGUUGCAGAUAUGAUCUGCAUUCGAAUUGAAACAUAAUCUGAGAUUUCAAAUGUUAUACUAAACACAGUUGAAAGUGAAAAUAUUUUUUAAUUCAUUCACCGUUAGAGUGGUGCGGCUUGAUGGAUUUAUAUAUCGGAGCACCUGCACCUUUAUAUGUUACAUUUCUUUAAAUGCUGAAAUGCUGCAUAUGUUUAUAGUGCCACAAUGCUUUCAUUGCUCUUUAGAAAAAUAUUUCAAAGAUAUAGCUAAUGAAAAAAUAAGUGAUCAAGAUAAAAUCAGUUAUUUUCAUGUGUUUUCAAAUAUGAGUUGUUUGAUUUCAAUCAAUUACCCCCUUUUGCAGCUCAUGCUUGCUUCUCUGUUCAUUUAUUUUAUGUACCUGCCCAAAAACAUAAAACAUCUUAGCUUCUUUUAAGUGCUUGGAGAUAAAAUAGAAUUUCAUUUCAAUAGUGUCGAAGGUUGUUAUAGUUGCAUCAAAUUGUUAGGAAAAUAUCUGCAAUGAUAUUAGUGCUACUCUUGCAAUUAAUGUGAAUAGGACCAUGCUUUGCCGAACCAGAAGAACCUACAGAUUAUGUGUAUAGGAACAUGACAAGGUGCAGUGAUCCAUUCUCCAACAUUUCAUUUCCCAGAAGCUCUUCUUCUGUUCUAACUCAACACCUCUUCUCUGUUCUCAUGGCUCCGAAACGACGUUCCUCUAAGAAAGGGGAAAGCCGAAUGGACGCAGCUCUCGAUGCCAUGCAUCCCUAUGGCUUCGACAAACAACGGGUCCGAAGAACCGUUCGAAGCCUUCUCGAAGUUUAUGGUGGCAACGACGGCUGGGUCUUCAUCGAAGAAUCCAGUUACACUCUCCUCGUCGAAACUCUUCUUAAAGCUUCACCUCAGGUUGGUUUGAUAGAGGCUAAUCCAGGAGAUGGUUCUAGUGAGGUAACACCUGCCAGUGAGGUAACAGCUGUCGGAUGCUCGAACAAUGCCCUUCAAGCAUGCUGUAAAGCACAAACUUCUGAUGAUACACCCUUAACUAAUAAUGUCAUGGGCACUGGAACAGUAACCAGUGAGACUGGUUCUCAACUUCCCAUCAAGAGUGUGGAUACUGUAUCCUCAGCAAGUGGAAUUGGUAGUGUGCAUUCCUUUAAGUCUGUAGACACAUCAUCGGUAAACAGAAGAUCUUCUAAUGAACUUUUAAUCAAGGCUGCAAGUGAAACUCCCAUCAAAGCUGUAACUAUAUCUGCAGAAAAGAAAUCUGAGUGUCAGCCAGCAGGAAACUUGGCUUUGCGGGAAAAUCAUGGACCAAGGAUUCCACAGCUUAAUCACAAAAGGCGUAGACCUUGCUAUGGCUGGAUUUCUAGUGAUGAGGAGAACGAAGAUCUAAUAGAGGUUAUACCUAAAUCUCCGUUGUGAAAUAUUUCACAUGUUAGAGAAAAUGGUCAACAAGUGUAAACAUGACAGGGGCAGGGUAUUACUUAUGUGUUAUAUUAGAGAACCAUACCCCAUCUAAUACAGAUCAGGUUCCGGGGUAUAGGUACUGUAGAACAGACCAAAAGAGAUAGGAUGUUUUAUUUUUAUUUUUUUUCAAAUGCAUUGAGUUAUAUGAUAAUAUUUUCCUUUUAACCAAAUAGGAACUUUGUACCGUCUUUGAUAGCAUGAAGAUUACAUACAGAUUAGAGUUUCAUUCUGUUAAAA